AUGCUCAACUGGCGGGACCGCGACCUCAUCUUAUCUAAGGCCAGAAUCAAACAGACCAUCGCCCUCGGUUCUGCUAACAUCUCCCUGUAUCCGGACUUUUCGGCAGAACUACAGAAGAAGAGAGCUACGUUUACAUCUAUAAAGAAACGCCUGAGGGACAUGGAUUUACAAUAUUCUAUGGCCUAUCCAGCCCGUCUGAGAGUUCUGGAUGGCGGGAAAUCGCACUUCUUCAACAAUCCCAGGGAGGCCGAGGACUGGCUCAUGGCCUAUCUUGCAAUAGCGGACGUGAAGUAUAUGCCUCAGGGACCGUCUGAUCAUGCACCUAUCGUGGCAACUCUGACCUCUUCUGAGGGUAACAUCAUGUCUGAGACUAUGGAGAUCAUGCUGGAAAAUAACACCAACAACCGUGGCAGAAGACUAUCCAGGCAGCAAGCCCUAAUAAUGAUUUCGGCUGCCUCUCUGAACUUUUGCUCCAUGCUGUGUUACUCCAUUUUGGGACCCUUCUUUCCUCAAGAGGCAGUGAAGAAAGGUGUCAGUGACACAAUGAUCGGCUUCAUAUUUGGCAGCUUUGCAUUGUGCAAUUUUUUAAGCUCACUAAUACUAGGAAAAUAUCUUGUUCAAAUUGGAGCAAAGUUUAUGUUUGUAGCUGGUUUAGCCACAUCUGGAGUUGCCACAAUUCUUUUUGGAUUGCUCGACAAAGUAACUGACGGAACAAUAUUCAUAGCAUUGUGCCUUUUGUUGAGAUGCGUGGAUGCUGUGGGAUUUGGUGCUUCAACAACGGCAUCAUUUUCUGUUAUGGCGAAGACAUUCCCUAACAAUAUGGCCACUGUAUUUGGCUCUCUUGAAAUUUUCACUGGGCUGGGUCUUGUUUUGGGUCCUCCAGUCGGUGGAAUUCUCUAUGAAACAUUUGGAUACGAAGUUCCAUUUAUUACAAUUGGCUGUCUUAUCUUGUUAAUGGUCCCACUCAAUAUCUUUGCCUUGCCAAAAUAUGAUGAUUUACCCAGGAAAAAUUCUUUUUUGGCUUUAGUCAAGCUGCCAAAGCUUAUUAUACUGUAUUUUACUAUAUACUCAUUGGGUGCAUCUUUAUCAUUUUUGGACCCAACCAUGUCCCUUUUUCUUAUAGAAACAUUUAACUUGAACGCCAGUUAUGUUGGCUUAGUUUUUCUCGGACUCGCUUUAUCGUAUUCACUAAGUUCACCACUUCUUGGAGUAGUAACCGACAGAUUACCCGAAUGGAGGAAGCGUUUUAUCAUUUUUGGCAACCUUGGUAUUGCAUUGUGUUUUUUUAUGUUAGGACCUGCACCUAUAUUCCACAUUGAAAGUAAAUUGUGGCUGUUUAUCGUUGUAUUAGUGUUGGAUGGAUUCUGUAUUGGUCUUUCUGGUUUGCCAAUCUAUCCAGAAAUGCUCAGUGCAGCAUAUGAGAAUGGCUUUGAAGAAGGCCUUAGCACCUUGGGCUUGGUAUCUGGACUGUUCACUGCAGUGUGGUCAAUAGGAACAUUUGUAGGCCCAACACUUGGCGGAUUUCUGAAUGAAAAGUUAAAUUUUCAGUGGGCGGCUGCCUUUCAAGGCAUUGUGCCUCUAGUGUCUUUUGUGCUGAGUUUAACAUUUUACUCCUGGGAGGCAAAGAUAAAGAAAAAAAGGGCAAUGAUUGGAAACAAAUGUUCAUUGGCCAUUUUGAAGGUCUUUAAAGAGUGCAGCAAACCGGACCGCAGGGGAAACAUGUGA